ACUAGACCCAAUGACGUCAGCUCUCUGAAGCACCAGCAGCCAGGCAGCCAUGGUUGCUUGCUGGAGGUGGUGCUGGUCCGCGUGUGCUUUGCUACUCCUCCCCUCCUUUCUUCACGGCAGGCAAGGAAACCACCACCAAUGGCCGCUGCUGUGGCAGGCUUUUCACCAAUUGUCGUGACACUUGUCACGCUGCGGCUGUUGGAGUGCAGGUAAAUUAGGAUGACAAAAAGAGCAGGCUCUGCUCUUUCACGUCGCGUGUCACGUCGGACAUGAAGUGACCAGCCUGUGGGGUUGAAGCAAGGAAAAGGGGCUUCCGUUUCGAUCUAGUUUCUGCGCACACAGAUCAAUUCUGUGCAUCUCGGUUCUUUCUAGUGCUGUGCUUACUGAAACUGUAAUCACAGUGAUGGGAAUUAUCGCAGUUAUAGAUCAGGCUCUUCAGCCCAGAGCCUGAUCUUAAGAACGGUGGCACGCAGAGAGUUCCUCUGUUUCUCCGAUCCGCCGAUCAGGCUCUUCCGCAGUUCCGGUUUCCUCGCCCUGACUGUCUACUCGUGCUUGUGCCUCGGCCUGGAAACUUGGUCUGCCGGGUUUAUUUGAAUUUCAGUUAUCGUAGCCCGCACGAGAAUUGUAUGGGACGGUCCUGCAGCUCCUGAUUGGUCCCCUCGGUCUCUAAGGGUUGCAUCGACACCAUUUGGAUUAAAAAGCCUCAUAGCUGCACGAGAACCGUUUCAGUUGUCGCACCCUACGGCUCCGUUCGGUCAGCUUGAUAAGUGCAUUGAGCUGUAAGCUUGAUAAGUGCAGAAAGCUUGAUAAGUGCAGUAAGCCUGAUAAGUUUAAUAAGCUUGAUAAGCCGAUUGAUCUCAAGGUUUCCACAAUUUCUAUGGCCUCGAAGCCUGUUGGAGCUCCGCACGACCAUCGGAAUCGGGAAACCCAUCAGAAGCAUCAGCGAAUGCAAGACGUCCUGUUUCUCCCUCCCCCAGCGUUCCCUAUUCAGCAGCAGCAUCCGCAGCAGCAUCAGUCGCAUCAGCGGGAGCAGCAGGAGCAGCAGCAGCAGGUUCUACAACUUGGAUCGCAGCAGCAGCAGCAGCAGCAGCAGCAGCAGCAGCAGCAGCAGCAGCAGCAGCAGCAGCAGCAGCAACCCAAGUUUGAUAAUCUGGCUUCGGACCAGCCUUCUCCCACCAUCAUGUCCGACCGUCGUAUCUCGCACGUGUCUCCGAUUCCGCUGCCUUUCGCGAGCGGCCAUGUUUACGCGGAGGGUUUCUACGUCAACUCUCCGCCAGUUGCUUUCGCGACCAUGUUCGGUAGUGCGGAAGCUCUCGAAAAUUUAGAUGGUAACGAUCUAGAUGGUAACAAUCUAGAUGGUAACAAUGCUGGAGGAGCCGUUACAACGAGAUUCGCGAAGGGCUGCGAGGCCCCCGAGGGCGGGAAGGCGGCUUCUGUGCUCAUCGGGGAUGCUGGUAACGGGGAUGAGAUAAAUCGUGACAAUAACGAGAGUCGGAUGGAGGUGGGGGGCUUGGAGAGCAUGUGGACCGACGAAUCGGAUAAAAUAGACAACGGGGAGGGGAGACCGGAGGAGAGAUUAGAGGGGAGGGGGUUCACGAGAGGGCGAAGAUGCAACGCGGGGAGGGAGAAGGAUCUAGGAGAGGCGGACGGGCCAGCAGCAACGGCUGGGACGGGCUGUGACUGGCCCCAGUGGCCGGAGUACACUCCUGACGAAGGCAUUGGGACUGACUGGGCGGAGUUGCUUAAGGUCGACGACGAGGUGGUUCCCUCGUCGAAGCUAGAGCCAGCAGAAGCAGGAGGGCAGCAAGGCUCGUCGUGUUCUUUGCCUUGGGAACUCACCUCUCGGCAGCUGCAGCAAGAGAACCAUCAGGAAGAGAACCAGCAGCACCAGAAUCAGCAGCAAGGAAGUCAGCAGCAACACCAGCAGCAGCAACCACAUCAGCAGCAGCAAUCUCAUCAGCAGUUACAUUGUGAGCGGCAGCCGCAGCAGCAACAGCAACAGCAACACCAACAGCAUCAGCAGCACCAGCAACACCACCAUCACCAGCGGCACCAGCAGCAGUACCAGCAGCACCAGGCACAACAACACGCAAGCACACCCCACCCCAUCUAUCCACCCUCAACCCACCUCCCGGCCUCCCCUCUUUCCAGGGCUCAAUACCCGCCCUACAACAACCCCUACGCGUCCUCAGACCUCCGUUUCUCCCUCAUUGCCGUGCCAGGAAUGUACGCACAGAUUCACCCGGGGGGAAGGGACCCUCUGCCUCUCCCCCUGCCCCUGCCCGCGCCUCUUGGCGCCGUGCCUUGUGCUCUCCGCGUGGCUGCGCCCGCCUCCUCUGCUUCGACGGCUGGGAGCAGCGGCGGAGUGGGAGGGGGAGGGGAAAGGGGAGGGGGACGCAGAGCGGUAGGGGGAGACGGGGCAGGGGCAUCAUCACAAGGAGUGGUCAAUGUUGCCGCCGCCACUGCCGGUACUGUUGCCGCCGUUGCUGCGGGUGCUGUUGCUGCUGGUGCUGGUGCUGGGAUUCAGGGCAAUAUUGGGGCGCCAGCCGCACCGGGUUUAACAGGUGCCGCUGCUCCUGGUGGUGGCGUUGCCGGUGGGGGUGGUAGUGGAUUAGAUGGGGUUAGCAUGCGGCGGAUUGACUCUGUAGGGGGGAUGAAUCUGUUGGCUGCAGGGACGGACGCUGCCGCUGCUGCUGCCUCUGCUGCUGCGUCUGCUGUCGCCGCUGCAGCAGCUGCAGCUUCUGGGGGGGGGGCUGCGCCUGCAGCGUCGAUGGGAGGGCCGGGAGGGGAAGGGGCCACGAGCAGCGUGGGAGGGGAAGGAGGGUUCAGCAUGGGGGGCGGAGGCGGGUUCAGCAGCGACGGCGGGAGUUCUGGCAAGCAGAGGCUGCGAUGGACGCCUGAGCUGCAUGAACGAUUCGUGGAGGCAGUGGCGCAACUAGGAGGCGCUGACAAAGCGACGCCCAAGGGUGUUUUGCGCGUUAUGGGCGUGCAAGGACUGACGAUCUACCACGUCAAGAGCCACCUGCAGAAGUUUCGGCUUGCCAAGUACCUUCCAGAGCCUUUGCCUUCCACACCCCGAGAAAAGGAGCCAAGGGCGGACAGAACAGAGAAGGCACUCAGGCGUGCCGCCUCUGGGAACUUCACGCCUGCUCCUGCCACCCUGGCCCCGCCCACCUUCCCUCCUGCUGCUGCUGCUGCUGCCGCCACCGCCGCCACUGCAGCCGCUGCUACUGCUAAUGGUGGUGCUCCUGGUGCCCCUGGUGUGCCUGGUGGUGCUGGUGCUGGUGGUACUCCUGGUGAUACUGCCGCUGCUGCUUCUCCGGAUUUCCAGCCCGUUGCUACAGACGCGGGGCUUUCAUCCGUCGACCCUGCUGUCAUUCGCAGCAUCCCCAUCACGGAAGCACUGCGGAUGCAGAUGGAGGUGCAGAGGCGCCUGCACGAGCAGCUGGAGGUGCAGCGGCAGCUGCAGCUGAGGAUUGAGGCGCAGGGUAAAUACCUCCAGAAAAUCAUUGAGGAACAGGCCAAGGCGACUGGCAUGGUGCCGGCCAGCCGAUCGUCUACUGCUGGGGGGGCGGUCACAUCUGCUGACCCUGCUGGGGCGCUGAACGCAGGUGGGGGAGGGGGAGGCGGAGGGGGAGGGGGAGGAGGAGGUGGGGGAGGAGUGACGGGGAGUGGUGCUGGUGGGAGUGGUGGUUUGGCAGGGCACAGUGGGGAGAUGUCUAUCGGGGUGAGAUCGAGCUCAGAGAAGCCGUUGGAUGCCCUGUAUGGCACGGCAUCAACGGCUGCCGCUGCAUCUGACAGUGCUGCUGCUGCUACGGCUGCGGCUGCUGCUCCGUACGGGUGUUACAUUGCUCCCCCCCCCUCAAACUAUUACCCAUCGGUCCAGGCAGGAUCUCCUCACACUACUCCUAUUCCUCCUGCUGCUGCUGCUGCUGCUGCUGGUGUUGCUAGUACCACUGCAGCUACGACUGCUGUUCUUUCUUCAGCUAGUGGCGCUGCCGCCACUGUUGCCACUGCUGCUGCUGUGGCUGCUGCUGCUGGGAUCACCAGUGAAAUCGCUCCUGGGUCACCCACUCUCAUGUCGAGCUCACCGCAACCACCCCAGGCGUCUCACCUCGCCCAACCCUCGAAUCAGCACUUUCCACAAGUGUCUUCUAAGCAGCCCAAGGCCCCUUCUCGCCUUCUCUGCUCCCCUCUUUCCUCAACCCGCCUUCUCGCCCUGCCAGCCCCCCCCAUCCGCCCUGCCCUCUCUGCCCCUCCUUCCCCUGCGGUUGUCCUGGACCCCCCUAAAGUUGCAACCGGCACUCCUGCUGUUACAAGCACUCCUGCUGCUGUAACGACUGACCCUUCUGCUGGUGCGCCUGAUGUUACCGCUGUCCAAUUCGCCGCCCAGACUGUGUCGGGGUCAGCUGCACCUGGAUUCGGGGCACCUGAGUUGCCACCUGAGGAAGCACCUGAGAAAGCACCCGAGAAGGCACCUGCUCCAGCUGCGCCCUGUGGCUCGUCGGGGCAGGAAAGAGGGAGGAGGAAGAGGCAGAGAACGAGAGAGGUGUUUGUGGAUGUGUGUGGGGAUAUGGAGGAGGAAGAGGGGGAGUGUGGGGAGACAGAGGAGGUUGACGAGAGUGGUGGGAAUGAUGGUGAUGGUGAUGAUGGUGGUGGCGAUGAUGGUGAUGGUGAUGGUGAUGGUGGUGAUGGUGGUGGUGAUGGUGGUGGUGGUGAUGAUGGUGAUGUAGAUGCAGGGAGAGGCAAGGAGAAUCUAGGUGAAGGUGCCUCUCUAGCUGCAGCUACUGCAACCGCUGCUGGUGAUGGUGCUGGUGGUGUUGGUGCCGCUGCCGCUGCUGCUGCUGCCGCUGCUGCUGUUGCUGCUGCUGCUGCUGCUGCUGGUUUUGAUGCGGCCCCGCCACCCUCCGUUCCUAUCUCCCGUAGCUCUAGCUACGUGGGGUCGGGAGGGCAUCUGUCACUGCCACAGCAGCAGCAGCAGCAGCAGCAGAAGAAGAAGAAGCAGCAGCAGCAGAGGCAGCAGGAGCGGACUGGAGUGCAAACUGACAUGGGUUUUGGCACGGGUGGGAGCAUGAGUGUGGCCGCCAUGCCAAACUCGUCGCAUGGCGUCGCAUACACUCAAGCACAUUCCCCAGUACCACCUGCUGCUGCAGAUGCUGCUGCAGCCGCUGCUGCUGCUGCUGCUGCUGCAACUGUGGCAGGUCACGCUAGCCUCCCCGUACAGUCACACCCGCAUACAGGCAUCCAUUCAGGCCCCCAUUCAACGCCGCCCCCUCUGCAUCCACCCCAUCAUCCUCCCCCGAACCAUGCCCAGCACCAUUCCAUGCCACACCCCCCUCCCAUCCAUCCUCAGAUGAGGUAUGAUGCGCCUCCAAGCAUGCAUGCCAUGCGACACCCCUCUUCCACCCAUACCCAACACCACGCCAUGCCCCAUCCCUCGUCCAGCCAUGGCCAACACCAUGCGAUGCCACAGCCCCCUCACUACAUGUAUUUGUCAGCUGGGAUGCAUGCUGGGAUGCAUGGGUACCCUCCACCCCCCAUGCCGCAUGGCAUGGCGCCACACUAUGUCCUGCCUGCUACAGUAGGACAUCACAUACCACAACAUGCUGACAUGCCUCAACAUCCCAACAUGCCUCAACAUGGCAGCAUGCCACAGCAUGCCAACAUGCAUUUGAGCGUUCACCCAAGCACCCAUCCAAGUCAUCCUAACCAUCCAAACCAUUCAACCCAUCCACAGCAUGCAGGCCACAGGGGUACGCAUGCCUCUCCCUACAUGUAUGCGGGCAUGCACCCUGGUUCCGCCACUGCUGCUGGUGUGACGUCAGCACCAUCAGGACAACCCUACACCAUGGUUUUCGCCCCACACGUUGUCAUGCAGCAUCAGCAGCAGCAGCAGCCGCAGCAGCAGGAGGAGGAGGAUAAUGAUCAACACGCAUCCCAGCAGCAGCGGCAGCAGCCGCAGGAAGGCAUUUCAGGAGGAGGUUGUUUCAAUCAAGGUGUUGUUUUCAAUGCGACCGUGCCUUCCCUUGCUUGGUCCCAACCAGGCGUUAACCCGCUAGUCGUCGACGGCACGAUGGGCAUUCUCUCUCCUAGCCAUGCCACAGCAGCAGCAGCAGUUGCCGCCGCACAGCAAGAGGCACAGGGGGGAGGGCGGGAAGGAGGGGGGGGAGGACGGGGGGAAGGGUCGCAGCAGAGGAAACAGAGGAAGCGGCAGCCGAGGCAUCAGCAGCAGCAGCUGUCUGCGGCCGUGGCUGCAGGUAUGCUGGCAGGUAGGAUGCAGUAUCACCAGCAGCAACAGCAGCAACAGCAGCAGCAGCCGGAGCAGCAGCAGCAGCAGCAGCAUCAGCAGUAGUUGGGGUGGGGCAAGUAAUUCACUGGGUUUUCCCAUAGCUAACCAGCAGUAGUUGUUUACUAGCAGUGCUGCUCAUUGCUUUUCCCGAAGCACUGACCUGUGGCAACCACAGUGGUAAAUCCAAUCUGAGGUGAGCUGUGGUAGCAGUGAUACUGUGCAUCUUUUACUAAUUCUCUAAGGUCUUACUGGCUUUAGUUUCUGCACUAGUGAUUGAUUUGUGUAAGGAAAAUCCCUAACCCUUAUCAAGUCUCGCUAACAUUGAGUACA